CCACAACUGAGUCAACAGCAGAGGACUGACUGAGCUGCAGAAACAUCUCAUUUCUCUGAAGGUUAAAAUGGAAAUGGAUGAUGAUUAUAUUAUUGACUAUGACUACGAAGAACCCGCCAACACCACUCUAUCUGAGGUGGGCACACAACAACCYGGCCAAACCUGUUUAGGCGACGGCAUGUGUGUGUUUCUGAUUGCAAUCACUGUGGUCAUUUUCCUGCUGGGCUUCUUUGGGAACGGUUUGGUCAUCUGGAUCUCUGGCUUCAAGAUGAAGAAGACGGUCAACACCACGUGGUACCUGAGCCUCGCCAUCUCCGACUUCCUCUUCUGCGCCUUCCUMCCGAUCAGCAUCACCGCCAUGGUGAUGGAGGAGUGGAUCUUCGGCCUCUACAUGUGCAAAUUCACAUCCUCAGUGAUGUUCCUCAACAUGUUCAGCAGCAUCUUCCUCCUCGUCGUCAUCAGCGUAGACCGCUGCGUGUCAGUUGUGUUUCCGGUUUGGGCCCAGAACCACCGCACUCUUCAGAAAGCAUCAGUAGUUGUCAUUUUGUCUUGGCUUCUCGCCAUCGUGAUGAGCAUUCCGUCGAUUAUCUUUAGAGAUACAGGCACUCAAAUGGGUCACACAGUCUGCUACAAUAAUUACACAUCAUACCCAAAUGGUCACCGGGUUAUUGCAAUGAGCCGCUUCGUCGUAGGCUUUCUCAUUCCUUUCAUCUUCAUCAUCUUCUGCUACACUAUCAUUAUCCUCAAACUUCGAAACAACAGGAUGACAAAGUCCUCCAAACCWUUCAAAGUGAUGACCGCCCUCAUAGCUACUUUCUUCAUGUGCUGGCUGCCGUACCACGUCUUCAUUCUGAUGGAGCUGAACCACCACAAAUAUAACCUGGAGCUCCUGACGACUGGACUCAAAGUGGGCAUGAUUUUAGCCACRGCCAACAGCUUCCUCAAUCCCGUGCUUUACGUUUUUAUGGGCAACGACUUCAAGAAGACGCUCAAGAGCUCCGUUCUGUCGAAGAUGGAGAACGCCAUGGGAGAGGAAGGUCCCACCAUCAGCCGGUACCUGUCCAGAUCCAGCUCAGUGGACACCAGAGCCUCCACACACAUUUAGAAACAUAGACUUCAAAACUGCUCAUUUUCCAAUCAUAUUUGUAUAAAAACGUUUUUUUAAUGCUAAACUAUAAAUAUCCACAGCAAAAAAGAAAAAAAUGAUCCUUUCUUCAGCAGAAAAGAUAGGUCACUGAAGAACAACUCACUCAUCAGUUUCAGACCACUGUUUAUAGAAACAUUAUCUGUACAUAGAUUGUUUGUAAAAAAAAAAAAAAGCUUUGAUAUGUGGUAUCAAUUUUAUAUAAUCUUUAAAUGUUCUAUCUGAAAUUAUAAAAGCAUCACUCAUUCUGUCCAGAGUAAAAUCAAAUAUUUUUAACUGUUAAAAAUGACACGUGUGUUUGAAAUCUUUUUUCUUCAAUGCAGAAAAAAAAACUGAAUUCAACAAUUUYGUUUGUUCGGAUUUGUUGUAAAAUGCUUUUCUGACUUUUAAAGGAAAAUAUGAACCAAGUACUGCAGCUGUAAGUUGAUGUAUUGAAAAUAUACAAAGUAUGAGAAGGUCUUCUCACAAGCUCAGAGCCCAUUCUGUGUAAAAGAAAAAAAAAAGAAAAAAAAAAGGAAAUCAUGUGGUUUCAUUUACUAAGACAUUCACAACUGUGUCUGUGAAGCAAUUUUGUGUUUAUUUGACCAAAGCGGAUCUACCUUGAAAAAAAGGUCAGAGGUUAAUUCUCUUCUCUUCUCUUCUUAGAAAAACUGAAACCAUAAAACAGUUUGACAAAAAGACUUAUGGAGCUAUGUGUUUGAAUGAUGUGAAUACAAUUUGUGCAAUAAAUGUUUUGAAUGUUUGUUCAUUUCUUUUUCUAACAAAUGAACUGGAACAUUUUUUAACUCUGAUGUGAAUUUUUAUCUAUUAAAAUUGAGAGAUCUUUCACAA